AUGAAGGGAAUGAAUUGGGAGGAUGCUAAAAAUCUCUUCUCUAGCCAUGCCUUCGGCAGACAGGAUGUACCCAAUGCAUAUGAGAAAUUGGUUGAGAGCUUCGUAGAGUUCUGUGGAGGCUUACCGCUCUCACUCAAAGUUCUGGGAGCCCAUCUUUAUGGUAUGGAUAAGUAUUAUUGGGAGUUUGAAUUGGAAAAAUUUAAGAAUGUCCAGCCCAUGGAUAUAAUGCAAAGCCUUAAAAUCAGCUUUGAUGGUCUGGACAGUCUGGAGAAACAGAUAUUUUUAGAUAUUGCUUGUUUCUUCAAUAAAGAAAUAAGAUAUCUAGUAAAAAAUGUGGCCAUGUCAAUCUGGAAAGUGGCGGGUUGGAGCGCUGAACUUGCCAUUCAAACCCUGCAAGAGAAGUGCCUACUUGAACUGGGCAAGGACGAUGAGUUUCUAAUGCACGAUCACCUCCGUGAUCUGGGAAGACAGUUGGCAGAUGACCUUGUUAGCGCAACUUUGGAGUCUGCUAUCUCCAUAUUUCACGGAGAGACUCUUGCUCAUGCAUAA